AAAUUUGUUCCGUGAAAAACUAAUAUAAGUUAGUUCAAUAAUUAUGGACACUAUGGUCUUCUGUCCUCACUACUGAAUUCUUAACAAAUGAUUUUCUUCAGAAUGUUUAUGAACACAUCUAUGAUAUAGAUAGUUUUAUAAAACAACUACCAACUAAUUGAGAGCUUAACCUUGUUUAACUGUCCUAUCGUGGGUCUUCUCACCUUGACUGAGACAUAAGAAAUCUUGAAUUUAUGGAGGUCAGGAGAAGGAAUGUGAAAACCUCCAACCAAGGUCCGAGACCUAGUGUCUCACAAAUAGUAAAUGAGUUAGAUGUGUUCCCAAAACUUCCACGAGAAUGCAAAAAAUCGACAUGGAGUGGUGGUUUAGUUACUAUUCUAACAUUUGGUUGCAUAUCUUGGUUGCUUAUAAUGGAAUUUCGAAGUUAUCUUGAUCCACCCGUUAAUUAUUCUUACGAAUUAGAUAAAUCCACUACUGGGUAAGAGUUUUCUUUUCCAGAUCGUGCUUUAGAAAAGUGAAGGUCAAUAUUGACAUUGUUGUUGCCUCACCAUGUCACGGUAAGUUUCCCACAUCUAUAUGACAUCGUAGCUGUUUCAAUGGAUGUUGUGGAUACUUCUGGGUCUUCUUUGUCUGAUGAAGAGAAUAUUCAGUACUUACCAACAUCUUUCGAACUUAGCCCAUCAGCCCGAGCAGCAUUCAAAUAUCGACAAUAUAUUGCUGAAACCCUCCGUGCAAAACACCAUACUAUACAGCAUUGGUUGUGGAAAUAUACCUCUGGGACAAAUGUUUUCACAAACUUUGAAGUCCCUGUGGCUGAUGAAAAGGUUUUCAAUGACCGAAAUUCUGAUGCUUGUCGAAUCGUUGGUACUUUGUUCGUUAAAAAGGUUGGAGGAAACAUACAUAUACUAUUUGGGAAACCUCUGAACGGAUUCGGUAAUUUUCAUCUACACGUUGUACCGUUUUCAGGCCAAUCGCUUCAGAAUUUCAGUCAUCGAAUAAAUCAUUUUUCUUUUGGUGAUCUAGUUAAUGGACAAAUACAUCCGUUAGAAGCUGUUGAAUCCGUUACUGAUAUUGCCUUUACAUCAUUUCAAUAUUUUGUCACAAUGGUCCCUACCAAAGUGGUUAAUCAUUUUCAUAUUACGGAAACUUAUCAAUAUGCAGCAACUUUACAGAAUAGAACAAUUGAUCAUAAUGCAGGAAGUCAUGGAAUACCUGGAAUAUUUUUUGUUUAUGAUAUAUUUCCAUUAGUUGUAAAAAUAACAUAUGAUCGUGAAUUAUUAGGUACAUUUAUUACUCGACUUGCUGUAUUAGCUGGUGGAAUAUUUGCAACAAUUACUUAUUUACGUGAAAUAUUAUCAAAUCUACCUGAUUUUUUACUUAGAACACGUUUAGGUCGUCAAUGGAAUAAUAAUUGGAUACGUCAAAAACAAAGUAUUUGUACUAAAUUAUCUGAAUAUCUUCCAAAUAGUUUAGAUAAAACUGUCUUUUUAACUACACCAUUAGAGAAUGUAUUAAAUCCGGACUCAGAUACUUGAUUUGUACAAUUUAGUCUUAAAUUCAAUAAAUUAUUCUAUUGUAGUCAUUGGUAUUAUUACUUUUCAUCAACUCUAUUUCUUUUUUCCUGUAUCUAAUGUUACUUUUUUGUAAGAGUUGUUAUUUAUCGGUACAAUAUUUAUGUAUGUAUGUGUGUGUGUGUGUAUAUAUAUAUAUAUAUAAAUGAGUAUGUUUUGUUUUAUUCUUGUACUGCUGAAUUACUUUUUUGUGUACAGUUUAUUGUUUAUUUUCUGUUUAUUAAUGCAUCUCAACUUGACCUUUAAUAUUCAAUUUAUUCACAUAAUUCAUUUCAAUUCCUUUAAUGAAACUUUGUAUGUUUCUAGAAGAUUUAUUUUUAAUAAAAUAAUAAGUACUACUACUACUA